GAUCGACAAUGAGCCAAUUAUUGCAUGGAGUAUCAAUAAUUAAGAAUUCUUCAAGAGGGCUGCAUCAAAUUUGCACACAUCGCGGCAGUGAACGGGCGGGUGUAUAACUUGAGUGUCACUCUGUCAUUAGUUAGCAAUUAAAAUUGCAUUUGUGAUACGCGAUUUUCUUGAAUGCACCAUUAGAUAUUCACCAUAGCCUGGAUGAUUGUAAUGGCGCGCAUACCGCGGCUCUUCCUGUUCUGGUUUGGCAUUUUCGGGCGAGUGUGCGCUGAUUUACAAGUUGAGUAUCCUUAUUGUUUUCGCUUCACAUGGAUUGGUCCAUAUCAAGAUAAGAGGAAUAUUGCCAGCUUGACUUGUGAACAUUUGCGUGAAGAUUUCAAAAAUGUGCCAUGUCGGCGACCGUUAGUAGCCACAGAUAAUGACGCCAUACCGGAUACUUACGAUUUGUGGCGCAAUCAUUUCAAACAACCGAACGCGUUUGGCUGCCCAAUGGUGCCUGGAGAGUCGUGCGUUAAGUAUACGUACACCUACAAUAAAGGAGUUCAAAAUAUCACCUAUAUGUGCGCCAAAGUGAAUGCCACAAGCGGUUGCUAUCGUCAAAAGUACAUAUCCGGCCUGGAGGUCGAAGUUUGCGUUUGCGAAUCUCAAUUGGGUACAAUACCAUGUAAUCGUGCGCCGAAGACCAAUCAAAUUUCUUAUUUAACUCUAUUACUUAACACUUUUCUGGGUAUUUGGCUUCUGCAUAGUUAA